GCAAAUGCAGCAGUGUCUCGUGAUGGGGGCGGUUUGGCGUCAGUCUUUCCCGUCUGGAGUCUGACGCACUCCGCCAGCCAAUAAGCUCAUGUAGCACUUCGGCGCCCGAACCCGCUGUGGAGGCAGGAUUUCUUCAAAUAAAGAUGGCAGAUGUUGUCGAAGGAGAAGGCACUCGCUCCGCUGCCCCUUCCACGCUUCACUCGGCGGCUCGCAACGGCUCUGGUAUGAGCUCGGGGACUUGCGCCGGCGGCCUCGUCGCGACCACGGUCACCUCCGGGCCUCGGCUGGUCCGCAUCGUCAAGUCGGACUCGGGCUACGGCUUCAAUGUCCGCGGGCAAGUGAGCGAAGGAGGGCAGUUGAGGAGCAUCAACGGCGAACUUUACGCCCCGCUGCAGCACGUCAGCGCCGUGUUACCGGGCGGCGCGGCAGAUCGAGCUGGAAUCUCAAAGGGCGACCGUAUUCUUGAAGUAAAUGGGGUAAAUGUGGAAGGGGCCACUCAUAAGCAGGUGGUGGAUCUCAUCCGAGCAGGAGAGAAAGAGUUGGUCUUGGCCGUCCUGUCGGUUCCUCAGCCAGAGACGGACAGUCUUGAUCCUGGGGACGAUGGCUCUUCGCAGUCUUGCUAUGACUACAGUGACAAGCAGGCCGUGCCCAUCUCCGUGCCCACCUACAAACAUGUGGAGCAGAAUGGGGAGAAGUUUGUUGUCUACAAUGUGUACAUGGCAGGCAGGCAGUUGUGCUCGAAGCGCUAUCGAGAGUUUGCCAUCUUGCAUCAGAAUCUGAAGAGGGAGUUUGCUAACUUUGCAUUUCCCAAGCUCCCAGGGAAAUGGCCUUUCUCCCUGUCUGAGCAACAGCUAGACGCUCGCAGACGGGGGCUGGAGGAAUACUUGGAGAAAGUAUGUUCUGUUCGGGUAAUCGGGGAGAGCGACAUCAUGCAGGAGUUUUUGUCAGAGUCUGAUGAGAACUAUAAUGGUGUUUCUGAUGUGGAGCUAAGGAUAGCCAUGCCAGACAAAACUACAGUUACAGUCCGGGUGCGAAAGAAUUGCACAACAGACCAGGUCUACCAGGCUGUAGUAACAAAGAUUGGGAUGGACAGCAUUACUGCAAGUUAUUUUGCUCUGUUUGAAGUCAUUAACCACUCCUUUGCACGCAAGCUGGCCCCUAAUGAGUUUCCACAUAAGCUGUAUGUGCAGAACUACACAUCUGCUGUCCCAGGCACCUGCCUCACGCUCCGCAAGUGGCUCUUCACCACAGAGGAAGAGAUUCUACUCAAUGACAACGAGCUGGCUAUCAACUAUUGCUUCCAUCAGGCUUUGGAUGAUGUGAAAAAGGGAUUCAUCAAAGUGGGAGAAAAAUCCUACCAGCUCCAAAAGCUCACUGAACAGAGGAAAAUGACCAUGUAUUUAAGUAUUCUGAGGACAUGCGAGGGCUACAAUGAGAUCACUUUCCCGCAUUGCUCCUGUGACUCACGUAGGAAAGGUCACGUCAUCACGGCGAUAAGCAUCCGCCACUUUAAGCUCCAUGCGUGCACAGAGGAUGGCACUCUAGAGAAUCAGGUGAUAGCGUUCGAAUGGUCCGAGAUGCAGAGAUGGGACACGGAUGAAGAGGGAAUGGCUUUCUGUUUCGAGUACGCACGAGGGGAGAAGAAGCCUCGCUGGGUCAAAAUCUUCACUCCUUAUUUCAACUACAUGCACGAGUGCUUUGAGAGAGUCUUCUGUGAGCUCAAAUGGAGAAAAGAGGUUGAAGAGGAGGCCACGGACAAGGACAAUAAAAACUGCAGUAAAGAUGGUAUGUGCGGUAAGAAUAUCUUCCAGCUGUUGAGACACAGAAGGGAUGGAGGCACAUGAAUGAAGAGAUCAUCUCCUCUUGAAUUUUCAAAUACAUGCACACGUACACUAAAAGCCACAUACAGAGACAUUUCAAACCAGUCCCAUAUGCUUACUUGUACUCCACCACUGAUACACACAUACUGAAAUACGAAGAUAUGAAACAGGAAAUGACACAACUACAGUGCAAUGAUGAAAAUAAGAAACUACAAGAGACUUUUAAAGACUUAGGCCAUCAUUCCAUUUCAUUGGACUGGACAGAAUUAUGUUGGACGUACUGGAGUUGACCGCCAGCUCAGGACAGGAGAGACGACACUGAAAGGCUGCUCCAGGAGACGGACGUGGUCAUUGACAUGGCACCAGCAUUGUGACUAAUUCAUGUCAUGUGACUGGUCACAAGACGAGGUCUUCAGACGCAGACAACUGAGAGACUGAACUGUGCUUCUGGGGCGUGCGUCAAUUUAAAGGCGUGGAAACUAAUGCAUCAUGAUGACACUAACACAUGCACCUGUGAGGGCAGAGAUGCUCUCUCAGAAUGUAUCAAUUUAAAGGUACACUAUGUAACUUUUGGCGCUCUAGCGGUUAGAAAACAAAACCGCAUGCAUCUUGCGGAAGAACAUUGUGGCCGGAGCUACUUCUCUCUGUAUAUGUCUAUAAUGAGUCACACAGGUAUUGGGCUACUAAUAGUCUGAAUAUAAACGCUUAUUAUAGGCGUACCGUAGUGAUUCAGGAUAAGACAAAAACACAGUUUGGAAGAUGGAUUUCGCUCAUUAUAUAAAUUUUGUACAUUUUCAAAAGAAGUUACAUAGUGCACCUUUAAAAAAAAAAAGGAAUAUAAAACAAAAACAUUACUUCAUUUUCCACUUGGACAAUCAGAGUGAGAGAGGGAAAGAGAAAAAGCUUUUCAAGCGAGUAGAAACGAGGGCAAGAGAGACAGAUCAAUACUUUCCAUGCUUUUCCACAUUAAUUUGUCUCUUACCUCACUAUUGCCACAGUGUUGGUAGUAGGUUUGUACAGAUUUUCAGCCCUUUAGCUGAACUGAGGUUUUUAAUUUAAUUGUUUUUCGUGCUCUCAUUUGUCUUUUAUUCUCCAAAGCAGUAUUUGGUUGCAUUGGCCAUCGCCAGGCCCAGAUGGAAUUUCUGUGCAGAUUUUAAUGGGAUUUUCUCCUGGUAAAAAUGUGUUAAACGGGUCAAUGAUGUGACACUCAUUUUAAAUCUGUUAUUUAUUCAAAAUAUGUUAAAAAAUGCGACUCAUAUAUACAUAACUUUUUUUUUUUUUUUUUGGUUCAGGAUUUAAAAUGUCAUGUGAUGUGACUCCCUCCGAAACAUAAUGAUAAUUCAUUUGAAAAUGUCAUAAAUCAGUGGUUCUCAACCUUUUUGACAAUAUUCAGAAGCCCCUUGUAUUUGCUAUAUAGGUUUUUUUUUUUUUUUUUUGCUGUAAUUACAAAGCCCAUAUUUUGAUUUCAAUUUUUUUUUGUCAAAACUGGGAAUGUCCGUAUGUUAAAUAAGUUAACCAGAAUAAUCUAACAAUGUUAGAUUAUUUUAAUAGGCUCAUCUUGCAAACUAAUUAAUAUAUAUAUAUAAUAUAUAUAUUUUUUUUUUUUCAUGGACAUUCUUGCAUGUCAUUGACCUAAACACAGCUGAAAGUGCUUUUAGUAGCUAAUUUAUGAUUAAAUUAGGCAAAAUAUUUAGCAAGUGAACACUUAAGGGCUGGGUAAUAUGAAUUAUAAAUGUUGUAAAUCUGCAGAGAGUCUGUGUGGGUCUGGCCACCGAUCUUAAACACCUGCCCACUAAUCAUCUGUAACAGUUCUGUGUGGGUGUUCACUCUGCUCAUAUAUAACUUCAGCUGUAUUAACAGUGUUAUAAAUGUGAAGCACUGAAUUGGCUGCUUGGUUGUGGAUGCCAUGCCUUCAUCCAGCAGUAGGUGGCUCUGACCACACAGGAAGCCAUCUGCAUCAAACCAUGUGUGAGUGUGUGAGCAUUUGAUUUUUUCCUCUUUUCUUAUUCCCCCCCCCCCCCCCCCCACCCCAUUUUACUUAUUGUAGCGCAGGCGCAUACAAAUCUGUCACUUCAGACCAGACCAGUCAGGACAUGUUUUGCACUUUUUAAAUGACGUAUGUAUGUGUGAUGUGUGUUAAAAGACUGAUAGCAUGCCAUUUCUGUCCUGCAUUGUUCCAUUAGUUUCAUCACGUUCAUUGACUUAAAAGGAAUAUUCCUGGUUCAAUACAAUGCCACAAUGUUAAUUACCACAAAAAGUAAUUUAAAAAAUCUGGGUUACAGUGAAGCACUUAUAAUGGAAAUGAAUGGGGCCAGUCUGGAAAUACUGACUGUUUUAAUAGUCACAAGACAAAUAAUGUGUAUUAACACAAUUUUUGUGUGUCAAAUUGUUUACGCUUUCUGUGUAAUUUUAUAUCCAGCUAUACAAUGUCGUAGCUAUUACAACAUAACUUUUAAACUCUAAAACGACUGUGAUGAACAACUUCACAGUUCAAAUAAUACACAAGUUUGAUCAGAGAAAUCAAUGUUUUAUAAGCUUUGUAUUUCUGCUUUUAAAUCCUCUAAAUAUUAGCCCCACCAUAACCUUGACUUUAGCUUUGUUUUCUGUUGUUUUUUUAAAGACCUGAAUCACAAUGAAUUAGCUAGUAUUCAACCAGGAUUAUUCCUUUAAAAGACAAACUGAGUGAGCAACGCCUUUGAACAGAAAAAUCAGUGGAUUUAUGUUGUGUUGAAUUACAACAGAUGUCUUAUAUAACGGUUAUGCUGGUUAUCAUGGGAUUCAUGCAAAGCCUCUGCGUAAGCGUACAGAUCAAAUAUCUCUUCUUUCUUGUCAGAUGGCUUGUCAUAGACUUUAAGAUGAGACUUUUAGCUUCGUCUGUGUUUAUCUCUCCCCCUCUCUCAUUCUUUACUCUUUCAUUCUCUCCGUUUGUUUGCUCUGGUUGUUUUUCUCUAUUGGUUAAAACUUUAAUUUAUUUGAAUAUGGAAUUCAAACACAAAUAUCUCUGUGUACAGUAUUUUCAGCGCUGUGAGUUUUUGGGUAACCUUUUCAAAAACAAGGCACAAGUACAUUUACAAAGUGACUGUAGUAAAAAAAAUAAGCAAUGUAGGGCACAUACUGCAAAUAAAACAAAACAAACGGUAUACCUGGAGGAGGUUUUGAAAUCGAAAUCUCAAGUUGACAUGAAUUAAUGUAAAAGCAAAAUGUUUGGUCAUAGCAUUAUAAUAAAUUGUAACAUAUUCUUUUAAAUAAAUUGAUUUAUUGACCCAAA